AUGCUUGGUCCAUGCUUCGUCGCCGUAUCGCUUUUCACCAUAGCGAUGUGCUGCGUGUGUUCGUGGAGACGGUCACGACCUUGGCUCGCGGUCGGCGGCGUGAUUUCAGCCGCCAUGGCCAUCGCUUCUGCCAUUGGACUGUUGCUUCUACUCGGUUUCGGCAUGACCAGUGUCGCCUAUUCAAUGCCGUUCAUCGUAUUCUGUACGAUUUUCAACUAUUCCGAG